ACAGACUUCGAGAAGGGACUUAACAGAAAAUUGGCUUCUGAUGACUUUGAUGAUAUAGCAGAAGCCAUCACUCCAAAAAACCUCGGACAAUGUGCUAAGAAUGCACUUCUCAAGGCUUUUGAGGUAGGUGACUUUAUCUUCCCCGUCCGAUAUCUGAGUUUUCAGUCUUUGAGAAACUAUCGGCGCUUAAUACGAACAAAGCAUCUGGACCUGAUGGAAUCCCCUCUUGGGUAUUAAAAGAAAACGCGGACUUAUUGGCUGCACCAGUGGCAGACAUCUUGAAUUCUUCCUUUUUGGAGCGUCGCCUUCCAACCUCGUGGAAGAAAGCGGACAUUACACCCCUCCCGAAGACUUCACUUGUUAGCGAUGUGAACAAACACCUGAGACCCAUUUCGUUGACUCCAAUUCUCUCCAAAGUCGGGGAAGAGUUUGUCGUUGACGGCUACAUCAGGCCUGCCGUCCUUGCGAAGAUUGACCAGAACCAAUAUGGAACUGUUCCGAACUCCAGCACAGUGCAUGCCCUAAUCAGCAUGCUCCACAACUGGUAUAAGAAUACUGACGGCAACGGUUCUACAGUGCGCGUGGUGCUCUUUGACUUUAGGAAAGCAUUCGAUCUCAUCGACCACGCCAUUCUUAUGGCUAAACUUACUGACUAUGAGCUUCCACUUUAGGUGCUGGACUGGAUUGCAGAUUUUCUUACUGACAGGAAGCAACGAGUGAAACUCGCCCACGAUUGCUACUCGGAUUGGGGAUCUGUCAGGGCAGGUGUCCCGCAGGGAACCAAAUUGGGGCCCUGGCUCUUCCUGGUAAUGAUAAAUAACAUCAAUGUCAAUGGCGUCAACCUUUGGAAGUACGUCGAUGACACAUCGAUGGCCGAGACAGUCCACAAGGGCCAACCAAGUGGAAUCCAAUUUGCUGUAGACGACCUAGUUAGGCAGGCCGAAAUAGAUAAGUUCCAAUUGAAUGAGACCAAGUGUAAAGAGUUGCAGAUAAGUCUCUCAAGGUCUGUAGAUCCCUUCGAAGCAGUUACUAUUAACAACAAACCAAUUGAGGUUGUAACUAGCGCAAAACUUCUUGGUCUCACAAUUUCAAACAAUCUAAAGUGGAACGCUCACAUAGAGAAUGUUAUCAAAAAAGGAGCCUCUAGGCUAUAUCUAUUAAGGCAGCUUAAGCGUGCAAAAGGAGAUCCUGCGCAGCUACUUUGUUUCUAUACUACGUGUAUCCGGCCCAUGUCUGAAUAUGCCUGCCAAGUUUUCCACAAUGGUCUGCCUGAGUAUCUCUCUGAAGAGCUAGGGAAAAUUCGGCGCCGUGCACUUAGAAUUAUUUUCCCAGAUUUAGGCUAUCAAGAGGCUCUCAAAGAGUGCAAUAUUACCACCCUCCAUCAACGGCGCCAAUGGCUGACAGAGCGCCUAUUCAAUGAGAUUAAGGACAACAGCCUCCACAAAUUACAUGGCCUUUUGCCGCCACGUAAUCUUAGUACUGUAGCCUUAAGGAGAAAGCGCGCUUUUAACGUGCCUCUUUGUAGAACAAAUAGACUAAUGAAUAGUUUUAUCAUGCAUAACGCGGCUAUUUUCUAAUGGUUUUAUUGUAAAUUCGCGGCUAUUUUCUUAAAUUUCAUGACGUAGUAUCUUUGUUCCUUUGUUUUAUUUAUUUACUGUUAUUGAUUUAUAAUAGUUAGUUUUAGUAUUCAACGUAUUGUACAGUCCGUAAUCCAGCCCUUGGGCUGCAAUGGAUUUUUAAUAAAGCUAUCUAGCUAUCUAUCUAGCUAUCUAUAAAAUUAUCGCCAAUCAGUGUGAACAAAAAACUCCAUACAUUAAAACAAGCAGACAUUUGAGUUCAGUUCAAUAGCAAAUGAUGAGAAAAACGUAAAAGGUAUUCUGCAAGGCAACGGCUCUGGUUGUGGGGUACUACCUAAGAUAAGGCAGUCUACGUGCAUUAAUGUGGUACCUUUGAAGUUUCGAAAUUUAACCAUUUGGGACUAAAGCGAAAUAAGGGAAUUGUUAUCCUACAGCCGGUUUGCGGAGAAAUCUGUCGGUCUCGCGCGCUAUGCUAGACCGACUGGUGAAGAGCUUUCCAGUAUAAUGGAGAGGAAAAGUCGUUACGUCGGUUGCCGUGGUAGCAGAAUUUUUGGAUGACAACAAACCGAAUAUUCACUUAAAAAGAGUAUUCGCACUGUUUCAAACUUCAUUCAUUGAUCUUAUUCAAUUUCAUUUAAUUUGUACAAAAGUUGGCGAAAUUUUCUGGGGUUGAAUCCGAAAGGACCGUAUCUAAGUUUAGAAAAAAGACCACGAAAAUUUUUAUUUUGUGUUCACCUACUCCAUGAAGUGGGCGCGUGAAAUUAGGAAGUUUCAAUGUCGCAGCCACGCAACGACGGCUAAAGAGCGUGAUGCACGUGCAAAGUUGUUGUUUUGCUAAGGCCACCCUCUUUUUUUUCUCAGUUUAGCGUCGUCCGAACGACCCAAAUUUUUGGCAUUUUCCAAAAAAAAAAAAAAAAACGACUUAGUUAAACCAUUUUUCACUUGAAAUAAUUCUUUUAAUCUGAAAAAUGAGAAUAGUAACAGCAUAGAGAAAAACAGGGACAAAAAAGGAACAUUUUUACAGUAUGUUGUGCAUUUUGUUAAUCCAGAUAUGUGAAUGUUAACUUUUACCGUCGUCCUGGGGUACCAGGGCCUCCUAUUCCGAGACUUCUAGUGAUUUUUUUUAAAAUUUUUUUUUGCAAUCCGACUGAGCAAUCCAAUAUCAGGAAACGCAUUCGACGCUGAACGAAAAAAAAGGCGUUGGCCUAACAUGAACCUACGGAUUUUUUGCCGUUCUCGUUGCCGUCGCCGUCGCCGUCGCCGUCGUCGUUGCUUGUUGCGAUCCAAACAUUUUGCUAUCAUUGUAACGUGACAUCACACUUCUCCUCUCUAUAUAUUCUCAGAUAUGUCGUAUAUAGUAGACCUCAAGGUAUGACAGAAAAAAACUAGAGAGCCGUAUUGUGUUUACCAAAAGAUAUGCUGACGCAUCUUCGAACAGCGAUACCCUCCUUGAUUACAGGGGAAUCGCUCAUUUCUUCUUUCCUAUAUUUUGAUGUCAUUUUAAAUCACUGGCCACGUUAUUGCAUAUAGGUCAGUGGAUAUUUAAGAUUCCAAGCUCGCCAGGACAGGCCGGAUGUGGAAGAAAUUGACAAAUUAGCAAAUUCCGUGGAGGAAUUUACUACUUCUCUCAUAGACCCUCUCAAGUCUGAUACAAGAGAAAGAGAAGCUUUUGGCGAUACUCUGGACUUGAUUUUAGACAAAGCCAUUGAACAUAACCAGGAAAAGGUAAGUGAAACACAGUAACAACACCAGUGAGUCGCGUUUUUGGCAGGAGCCCUACUUAUGCUUUAAGUGAUCAGCUGAUAACUGAAUCUAUUUAUAGCCUGCUGGAAAUCCGAAAAACAAAGAUGAGAUUGGAGUCUCCGGUGUGAUGGGCUCUUACUUUUCACUGUCAAUAAUGCAACUGACUUAAAACCAUCAGUCACCGAGUGGGUAAACCACCCUGCAUCAACAUAGCUUCAAAAUUUUCAGCUGCAGCUUCUCCCGCUGGCUGUCAGUCAGCAAGUCGCCUCCGUGCUAGAUGAACUGGGAUAUUGUGAAACCCAAGACAAGGAGUGGUAUAGCAAUGUAAAUGGAAUGAAUUUCUUCUUUUGUUUUAUUCUUCAGUUUCUAUCGCACCCAGUCGUUUAUAACUUGUUGGACAAAAUUUGGAGAGGACGAUUCGCAGGUUGGAAAUCGAAGUGGCCAAUGAAAUGGAUGAUGCUGAAGUUUUAUUGUUUACUUGAUAUUUUUCUCUUUCCCUUCCUGUUCGCUGUGUUGUUUUUCAUCCAUAACAUCAACAAAUGGAGAAGAAAGCGCCGAGGUUUGUAAGCGAUAAAAAAUCUUUUCUUCGUACUCAAAGCAAAUACGUUUUGGUCCAAAAAAAUGAAUAUUAGAACCUGGCAAAAAUUAGUGGCACACUCUAGUGGCCUAUACACGCAUCCUUCACAUCAUUCGAAGAUCUCCUGUUCGAAAUGUUAGGGAAAAAAAAUCAAUGAAUAGAUUUCUGAUAUGGAUGAUCGUGAGCGCAAUCAAACCUCUUAAUGUUCCAUACUCAACUAGCAGAUCGAAGUUGCAUGAUGGUUAUGUCGUUAUAGACAAGCCAUGCAGCAAGUUCAGCUGUGGAAUGAAUCAAAAAAUGACCACUAACAAAAAGUGUACAUACUAAUCUCAAAACAACAAACACAAAAAUACAAGUAAUAUAGGAAGAAUAAAUGAAAGUUCUUCUUCAGGACCUGAUAUCAGGCUUGUUUUGCUACUGGUCUUUCUAAGUUGUUCCUCCAAAUUUUUGCGUGAUCUUAACUUUUUUCACAGAGCUUGAUCUUUGUUUUAUUCUUAAUGCCACGGGAAAGAGAGGCAAAGAAGAUUUGUCGAAGAUGAUCGACUGCAUCAAAUACAUCAUCAGCCAAAUUGGCGUCUCCUCAACUAACUACUGCGUGGUAAGCUUGAAGAGAGGAAAAUCUUUCCAGUAUAUUAAAUUUGACAACAGCGAAUCCACAUACAUCAACGACCAAGAAGGCAGAGGUCGCCUUGUGUUUAAAAAUGUCAGAGAUAACCUUAUAAGAAAAUUGGAUGCCCUAAAUCCACCGUUGAAUUGCUGUCCAGCUCUUCAUGAUGACUUUCAGCAGGCAGAGGAAGCUUUCAAGAGUGACGCUGUUCGGAUAACUUCGAAGAAGGUAGAAUACAACUGGAUUUGGCUUCAAUGCAUAAGCUUAACAUAAUUAUUUGGAAUAUGCGCAUAAAUCAGUUUAUAUUGUUUGCUUUCAUUGGGAAAUUUCAAAUUAUCGGAGUAAUUACAGAGAGCGGUUUCUUUUCUUGGUGCUGUUAAAAUUUUGAGAAGGGCUAAUAGUGUUGGGAAUGAGAACUGAAGAGCAAUGAAUUAAUGAGGGGGUGGGGCAGAAAUUAGGGCACAUUAUGGUCAUUAUUCAUCUAGUUAGUCAUUCCAGUGCCAAAGGGUUUGUUACGUCUUCAGUGGUUAACCUUAUAGUGAGUCAGAAGAAGGAUUUGAUGCAGAUGUAUGUACAAAUGUAGCACUUAGUCCGGUACCCAACCAAUUGAGCUUACUAGGCGGCCGUCUGAAUCAAGUUCGCAUUAUGCCAGACCCAUGAUGCGUCUUUUGUCCACCUUUCGACCUUCAUGGCACCACUUGGUAUUGGUCUGCAGAACCACAAAGUACCUGUUUUAGUGCUCCUAUUCGUCUUGUUCUCGUAUGGACGCAUAAUACAUCAAUGUGCCUGUCUUACAAUCCAAUGAACCUAUAGUAAAACUUUUCCAGGUUUCACCCCAGACGAGAACGGCUAUGCUGCAUAAUUAUUAUACCAUACACCCUUGAAUGGUGGCACUUAGGAGCCUGUGAAAAGAACCGUCUCUCCUCUCUCAUAUCAUCGAGGAGAGAUGCAAUGGCUGUUUUCUCAGGUUACAAAUUUAGUUAUUCUCUUGCCGUGAUGAUAAUUGGUCCAAAAUUAAUUGGUAAAAAUUGUUUUAAAUUCUGCAGAUGAAAUCGAGUCAAAGAGCACUAGUUAGCAUAAAUAUAGAAGAAAAAAAUAUUCUUGCCACCAUUUUGGAGUAUGUUGUAUAGCGGAGUUUUUCGGUGUAUUUUUUAUACUGCAGGUUGUCAUUUUGUUCUCAAAUGACUCGACUGGAUCAUUUGGUCCCCAGAAAGGAAAACUACGUCAUCAUGCAAACAAUCUGACAGAAACAAUUGGAGCUAAGAUUGUUCCCGUUGCUAUUGGAGACCGUCCAGUGGUGGAUGACCUCGAACGUAUUGCGUCAGAAAAUAAAGUCUUCCGUACUCAAUUGGAAGAUCACGCAAAACUUGCAAGGAUGCUGUUAAGAGGUGCUUAAUUCUAAUAAUGUGGGAGCAUUUCACGAAACUAGUACCAAGGUGAAAUUAGAUACCUUUAAACUGGAGGACGAGAAAAACUACGAGGAUGAGAUUGGACUUAAAGUCAUUUUCGCAUAUUUCAGAAAAAAGACACCUAUUACUUUUUUACCCGAAAAGUUAACACGGUCAUAUUUAUUGAGAGAGGUAAAGCCCUGUCCCGAUCACAAAAGGAAAAAAAUUUAUGCAUUUGAUAACUUGUUUCCGCCACUUCGACAUUCUCGCUAAAACUCGCCGCAGUUAAUUGACGACGGCUAUCCUGUUAACCCGCCAAAAUGACUUAUUCUAAUAGAUGUCAUCGUCUCAAAAUCUAAAGGUUUCUCCUGUGUUUUUAGCUUAAUCCUUUUAUCCCCCAACACCCUCAUACAAUGGUAAUAGUUGAUAUUACAGCUGCCCCCGCUCUGUAUAUUGUCGGUUAAUACUAUUCUUAGCUUGGUCGUUGUGUUACUGUUUGAAAUAUGCCGAUUUAUAAUGAAGAUUUUCACACAUAUUCCUUCCAAUAGUAGAGAUAAAGACAGGAAACCCAAGGUUCCAUGCACUUAUUCAGUUCGAUUUACAAAGCUUUGAUCAAAACAUUUUCAGUUUCGGGAAUAGUUUGUUCUAAACAAUAAGAAAAGAUUUAAUUAGAAGUUGGAAUUUUUCGCUACUUCUCUUUCACUUUUACGCACAGUUCAGUUUAUUUGCCGGAAAGUAAGCCUUAGAAAUUCAAGGGUUUGAUCAAUUCACGCUCGAGCGUUCUAAACUUUUUUUAAACUUUAUAGAAGGACAUCUGUGAGCAGGUAGUAAGUCAACACAGAAUUUAACUGUCGGCGAAUUUCUGUAUUCGUCCAUCGUUCUGCUAGAGAAAGGCUAGCCGUAGAUUCACUCGUCUUGUUGUUUGUGGACUGAAUCUUAUUCCCCCAAAGAGAGAGAAGGAGUGUAUGGCAAAUUGAUUCCAAUCAAAGAUUUGUGAACUCGUGUCAGGCAAACUCUCCAAGUGUUUAUAGCGGAGCUCUCUCGCCCGCGAAGUGCGCUCAGCGGAGCACCAUGGUUUAGAAAAAAUGGUAACCAAUAGUCGCGAGAAAUUUUGGUAAUCACGUGACCGUACGACCGUCCGUACGUCCGCCCCUACAUGUAAGCCGUUGUGAAAUUUCUUAUCCUGUCACCCGCACCUUUUGGCGGUAAAUAGCAUGGCCAUCCGGACUUUAAGAGAGACUCAGACUCAGACUUUUAGAGAGACUCAGUGACUCAGAGCCCAUUCGGGCUCGAGGAAUAAUUGUUAAAUAACAAGGUGUAAUUGACGAUUGAAGUAAUUAGGAUUUUCCUAAACUUAUAAGCUUUCAAGUUAAUUGACACACAAGUAUGUUAUACUUUCUGUUUACUAUGAUACCGACCAUAUCUUCAAUGUUAUUUUUUUCGCAUUUUUAGAGGUUUACGAAGAAGAUAUCUACGGUAAGGGUAAUUCCAAUAUUAUGUUUAGGCAGAAAAAACUGAUACAUUAAAUGUGGGCUUUACAGCCAAAACCGUUUUUUAGAAAUAAUGCUUGACUCUAUGUUUUUUAUUAUUUGUAGAUAUUUGAUCGCUUAUGUUUUACUACGAUUAAUAUCGUAUUUUUUAGUAUUAUAUAUAUAUAAUAUCGUUUAGUUUAUCAGUAGUCUCUAGUCAUAACUGUGUUGUCAUUAUUAAUAUUACAUUAGUAGUCUUUACUCAUUAUGUCAAUUCCAGCUCUUUUAGGUCUCUUGUUACUUUUAGUUGUAUUUAUUUCCUGAAAACAUGACCCGCCUAGAUUAGGAUAGCAAAACUACCCGCGGGCAUGUCACAAUGGUACUUCAUUCUUAAAACUAUGUGUAUGUGUAUGUUACUUAUUUACCCUUCUCCUUUGUAUAUUCUGAGCCCCAUGUUCUUCUAUUGUCAACAUUCUGCAGCCAACCACACCCAUGGCUGUUUUGUUAAUACCUUCCCACCGUAAAUACCGGCGCUAUCACCGGUAACGUGUGUUCUGCACAGUUUGAGUGAGGCUAUGGAAAUGCAAUAGAAAAAAUAAAUGGUUUUCCAAACUACGCUUACAUGAUCUUUGACUUCAGGACAUAAAGCGACCAGUAAUAGACGCUUUCAACGUAUGUUUUAGAAUAAUACAAGUUCCCUUUCAGUACUUUUAAUUAAUUUGCACUCAAAAGUUGGCUUAUGGUCAGAAAACACCCCUGCAUACUUAUGAAAGCCACUAAUUGAAGGUUUUAUUAAUUUUGAUCUUGUUUUAGAGAAAUACCUGGAUUUCUUCACUACUCCAUAUUUCGUAUUUGUCCGAGACACACUGAGCUACCUAUUUCUUUUGGGUCUACACAUGUCGAUCUGUCUUUCCCCAGCAACUAUCUCCUUUUCUGCCACGGAAUGGGUGAUCUUGGUCUUUUUUAUCGGCCGAUUUCUCUCAGAAAUAAAACAAUACAACGCCAGGGUAGCAUUGAAGAGAGGGCGCAAAUACUCUAUAAAACAAAGAAGAUACGACUAUCACCAACAAUCUAGUGACAGCCAAGACGAAAACAUUGAGUUGGUAGUCGAAGUAGAAGGCAACUUUCGUUCACGAAAGAUCCUCAGCUCAUUAGGAAAAUAUUUCAGGUAAAGUGAGCAAACUCAAUUCUCCAAAAAUUAAACGGUUCAUAUUAAUGGGUCAUGAAAAAAUAUUUGUCUGUGACCACCAUUAAAUAGAGAGAUAAAGUUUAAGAAUCACGUCUACAACAAACGUGUUAAAGAAAUUUGUUGAAUAUUAUAAGGAAACGAGUAGAAAAAACUAUCUAAAGUAAGUCAUAGGAAUUAGACUUUCAUCAAAGUAUUUAGUUUUAUGUAGAUAUAAUGAAAAGUAAACGACAAGUAAGAGAAAACUUGGUCGCGUGGUACAAAUGGUGAUUUACCUUUUUGCCGUAAACAUAACUCUGAAAUAUAGCAAUAUUUUUUUAUGUUGUGUUUCUGAAAUGGAGAGACUCUUGAAGCAAAGUCACGUACCAGCGUUUUAAUGUGAGGUCUUUCGCGUUAAACACUGUCCCCAGGGUGGAUGUUUAAAAAACGCCGGCUUGUCGUUUACGUGUAGAUGGACGAAAACAGAGGUUUUCGAAUAUGACGCAUGCUCUGUAAUAGGAUGCUAUCGUAUCUCCACCAUCAAGAGAGAAUGAGCUAAGAGAGCGAAUCCCUGUGCCCCACGAUAAUUUUUUUAAAAUCUAUUUAAAGUUCGCGCGCCUGCUGCGAAGGUUAUUUUUGUCUGUUGUUUCCGUGACUCGCGCGGUCUACUUUCACGUGAACGUGACAUGUUUCGCCGCCAAAAAUUUGAAGUUUGACAGCCAUUAUAGUAAUUAGCGCCAGGAGCUGUUACUAAUCGGCUCCUGUUGUUGACAUGUUUUUGAUCAGCGCUCUCCGCUCAUAAUUUAGGAAUGAAUUUCAUUUACAAAGGGAUUGCAGUAUUGGAGUCAAAAUUUCACUUUGAGACUGAAGAUUCAUGAGAUUUUCUAACGGCUGGUAGCCUCAUUUAAAGUAACGAAUAUUGAAUUCUGGCACGCUGUGAAAGCCAGAGGCAUAGGUUAUCACGAGCGAAACACGAAACCUUUAAUCAGUGGCUGGCUUCAGUUGUUUAAGCAAAUGUGCGAGAUAUUUUUCUCUUUUUCCAGGAAUAUUUUUCCUUCACAAACAGUACAUUUGCUUUAAAGAAUUAUUCUUGAGAGUUUCUUCUUGACGUCUAAUACUUGCGAUGAAUGUUUCGCUCUGCAAACACAAAUUAGGUCAGAUGCUUCAAGCUGUUAAACAGUCGCUGACCUGGAUGCCAGAGAGUUUUGAUGCGCGGUUUCCGGUUUAGGUCAAUUCUUUUAUAGUGAUAAGCAGUUUUCGCCGAGUCGGAACCGCUUUCUCCGGCGAACUCCCAUAAGCCAGGACCGCUUUGCUCUUCGUCAGCUGCUCUGGCCAGAUUAUUCCACGUAUAAAUCUUUUGACUCGUCGCCGAAAGUAAUACCAAGUUUGCACGUCAUAUCGCUUGCUUUGCGUGAUCAGCAGUAAAAUAAAUUACCCGCCAAGUUUAAAAUUACAUGACGCUACUCUAACCGACCAAUAAGGUGGCGUUUUCAAAAUAACCACGCAGUAUGACACAGAACAAAGAAUAGAUUGAAAAUAGUUUUCAUGAGAAGAGAGGCAUGUAUGGGGAUUCGCUCUCUUAGAUCAUUCUCUCUUGCCACCAUAUAACCGUUUUUUUGUGGACGGGCAAAAACGAUCCAAAUACGCUACGUGUUUCUCCGUUUCCAAAAAUAUGUGUGAACAUGGCAUUUUCUUUUCCUAAAAACUGAAUAGAAUUGAUUUGCAAAAAUUGGAUUAAAAAAUCGCUUAUUUUCAUUCUUUUAAUGCUCUUGCUCCACCAGUUUAAUCUCAGACUUCGCAUUACUUUUUUCUACUUCGUAGUAGAACAGUUGGAAUUCAGAAUAAAUUUCAGGCACUUUAUUGUCUAAUUUAUAUAACAGUGAAGGUUUGUACAAUUGUUUCAGUUUGUGGAACACAUUCACGCCUUCACAAAACUGUUUCCGAGGGUCUCGCUUUUCUUGUUCUCCUAGAACGAGAGAGGUACUGAUAGAAGAAGAAGAACAAUGAUUUUGGGAAAAGGUUUCACUUUUGUUUUGUCAAAGUUUUGGUAUAAUUGUUGUUAAUUUUUCUAUUUCAGUGACCGCUGGAAUGUGCUAGACUUCAUUAUGCUCGUCAUAUAUGUAGUGACUUUCCUGUUGCGCAUGGUAACAUGGGGAGUGUCCACCUCCAUACCUGGGAAUAAGGCUUUGGUCAUCGCGGGCUAUUUUUAUGGUUUAAACACAAUGAUUCUGACGUUACGAGUCUUUGGGCAUCUGAUGGAGACGAGCAAAGCUACUGGAACCACCCACAUUGCUCUUAUCAGCAUCAUUGUAGAUGUGGCGAUAAUUUUCAUUCAGUUCACGGUUGGAGUUCUCGCAUUUUCUCUGGCCAUAACUAAGAUAUACGUUGCCGAGGGAUCGUACAUAUCAACAGGGGAGAGGUUACUAAAGAACAAAAAUGGGUAAGUCUCGUUAUUAUCGUCUCACUCCGAAAAGGAAAAAAACGGAAAGGAGCUUUUAAAGGGAAGACGAAGGCGUGUCACACCGCGGUCUAGUUCGGUUUGUUUGGGGUAGCCAAUAGCUUGCCUUUACUCGCUAUGGAGCUUAACAAUACCAAAGAACACUUGUACUUGACUCGUAAAAAACAAAUUCUUUCAUAGCGUCACAACACACUAAUGUUUUCCAAGAAUUAUCUUAAGCACAAUCGGACUGAACCACCUCCUUCUUAUCUGGGUGGCCAUCGAUUUGUACAUUCCUACUCUAUGUUCUACUAUAUAUGGUACAACUCGCACAAACUCACAAUCAUGACAUAGAUAAAUUUGAAAAACUGUCAGGCUAAACAGUUUUCAAAAGAGAACCCCUUUGCAGUCCGCUUUAAUCGUCUUUGAUUUUGUUUAUCCAUGUUUUCUCUUUUACUUUCUUUGUUAUUCAAACCUUAUUGGAAUGUUUAAAGUGGUUAUGUUUUAUGUUUCACUCAGUCUCGGUGUUCAGGUUUCACAGUCUAACUCCUCCAACCAAGUGAGGUACUAUUGUUGGUAUUCUUCACCCCUAAAAUAUAAAAUAAUAAAUAGAUAAAUAGAUAAAUAAAUAAAUAAGUAGGUUAAACGGCAUUUACUUAGAAGUGCAAGUCUUAACUAUGGUUUCAGUUAACCAUUGUUUCUUUUUUUUUUUUUUUUCAUAGGAGUUACUUGGAUUGUCACUUUAAUGGACUUUCCUGGUAAGCACUAUUUCUUCUUUGUCUACGUAUUAAAAACAAAACUUAGCGAAAAUAUACGGUGAAAAUCGACGAUUGUAAUUAACCAUGUUGAUUUUCGUAUAACGCUUACGGUGCUAUGGCCAGUCGCCAGUUUGUUUUCUGGUAGACUUCUGGUGUUCCAAUUUGUCUUGUUUUGUGGUGCUCUUUAAUUUGAUAGACAAAAGUGCACCAGCGACUGUUGAUAUUUUGUGGUCUAAUUCACUCACUGAUUUCAUUUUCAGUUGGUACAAUAUCAUGAAGCAUCUUGCCUGGACGCUUUUGGGAAUAACAGAACUAGAAAUUUUUAGCACCACUGAAUCUGCAUCAGACUUUCUUGCCACAAUUUUAUAUGCAAUAUUUAUCGUAGUUGCCUUAGUCCUUCUUGUUAAUAUGAUGAUCGCCGUCCUCUCUCACACGUAUGAACGAGUUCAGGUAAGAUGACGUGGACCGUUUUUUGAGCACAAAUUUCGGGUUUGCCUAAUACCCAGAAUCCGGAAACCCCGCGCCGAACGCUGAAUGACUAUGAAGUUUAGCGAUUAGGGUUAGGAAACUGAGUGAAUCAGGUACCAUUUAGGGCCUUUAUAUUGGGGAAACUGACUCUAAAUUUGUACUCGAAAGUGGAUCUGUGGAGUAUUUAUAGCUGAUGGGUGGAACACGAAAAUGUGCCUAGUGAACGAACUGAUUAACAUUCUAGAUGUUGAGAAGCCCGGGACAACUUUUCUCCGUAUAAACAGGGCCUUAGUACUAAAAGUGAGUUCCCAAAUUACUUAAACAUAGAGCCAGGGGGUAUUUGUCUCUUUGUUGCUGUUGUAAUCUUCAGUUUUGUGCUCCAAAGUGGGGAAGUAUUAUAUCUAUGAUGCAAAACAUUCCUAAAAUAGGCUUGAAUUAUAAUUUAUUAUAUAGAUACCGAUGAAAUACCAGGAUUUUUCCUUUUACUAAAAAAUCAUAUCUUCAUGGCGCGCAGUGAAGAUACUAUUUUUAUCUUUUGCGUGUGAGGAUAUUGGUGUCGCCAUGGUUACUAACAUGAUUAGCCAAUUACAAAAGAGCUUCCCGCUCAGGCGCGCGGCCGGUUCUUUCGAAAUUUCAUUCACAAAAUAGUUUCGAGGUGCGAAGACAGUACAGUUACCAGUGACUUUCUCGAUAAGCUGCCAAAUUUUCACAUCGACACUUUUUCCAAGCUUGAAGAACAUUCAGGAAGAUUUGCCAAAAAAAAAGUUGUGUUGUAUGUAGGAACAUAAAAUAAACGGAACAUUACAUGGCCGCUUGGGGAUACGAAUUUUAUGUUCUCGUGCUGAAAGUGUCUCUCACUCGUUCGCUUCGCCCACUCUUGAGAGAUAAUUUCAGCACUCGAAGAUAAAAUUCGUAUCCCCGCGCGGCGAUGUAACAUCCUCUAUAUCUAAUUACAGCCCAAAACCUAAACAAUUUGUUUUUUCUCUUUCGCCACUGAAUUAAGAACAACUCAUUAAGAGCGUGGUCGUUUAAGAGAGCCGUGACAAUUCGAACUUACAGAGACUACCAUCCUAUCCCAGUGCCCUUCAACCUUCUAUCCCAGUUUUUCUUGGCAUUGUCCAGGAGAUCAAACCACCACACAGAAAAAAUGGAGCGAAAGGUAAGUCACUAUUUUAGCCUCCUGAAUCUAUUCGACAAAAAUGUUAAUUAUAUUUCGUACUUUUCGGUGCGGCUAUUAUAUAUGGGCGAUAACAAUAGCAAAGUAAUAAAAGUAGCAUAAAAUAAACGUUAGGUAUUUAUCCCCCCCCCCAGGAGGGGGAAGGUUGGGAUUUUCGGUCUUGGCCAUUUUUUAGGUCGGUUUUUCUGUUUUUUGCACUGAAAAACUUCGGUUUUUGGGUUUUUUGUCCGUUGCGGUUUCCGGUUUUUCCGCUUUUUUAGCAAAAAUAAAGCACGUUAGAUUCCUCAGUGGGUCUCUGUGCAGUCACAUGUUAGGCUAUUUUAUAUGUUUCCAUUUUACAGUCAAUCCAUGUCCAACAUGCCCUGUGUGGGAUUCUGGAUUUUUGAUUGAGGUUUACAGCUAUAGGAGAGCUUUUUGCGAACGUAAAAUUCCCCCCAUUGUCUUUUAUUGCUAUUCAAUCGAGAUUUGUGAAUUCUCCUAGACGUCGAUCCUAGGGCAGGUAUGCCCGUUUUACGACCAUAUACAAUCCAUAGAUAGUGCUGAUACUGUGAUGAUAUUAUUAUGUAGCCGGCAAAAUUGAAGAACAGCUCCCCGUUUGCCGGCCGCCGAAAUGUCCACCAAAAGUCGGCAGACAAACGGCCGACUCGAUUGUCGUUAAACUAUAGGAGAGCUGUUCGUCGAUGAUAAAAUUUUCGUGAGAGUUCAUAUUCAAUCAUCAAGGAAAAAGAGAUAGUUUGAGUAUCAGUUUUGUUCAACAAACCAGAAUUAGAUUUAAUGACAGAUUUUUUGGGAGCUGUUCUUCAAUUGUACCGUUUGGUCCCAUGUUCCACAUAUCACUAACAUUUGAGAUCUAGGCUAGGGUUUUGAAAAUUGAGCUGCAUAAUCUUCCGUUUUGACGGUUUUGUAUUCGGUUUUGAUCGAAGUCUAUUUCGGUAUUUCGGUUUUUUCAUAGACACCAACGCCCCCUCCUCCAGUUCCAAAAAUUAACAAAAAUAGCAGCAAAAAUAAUCAGAAUGAAAAUUCAGCCAAAAACGCAAUAAAAAUUACUAUCAAUUUACUUUUUGAAAUAAUGACUAUAUGAAAAUCAUAUAUCGGAACUGCGGGGUUAAAGAAGUGAAUGAAAUGAGAUCGUCGUCGUUAUAGACGCAAUUUUCGAAGUUGCGAAAUUACAAGCAAGCCUGAUAAAAAUUCAGGCUCUUGCUGGGAUUCGAACAAUUGACCUCUGCGAUACUGGUGCAGCGUUCUACUGAUUGCGCCAAAAAGCAAGUGGGCGCAGGUCAUCGAGUUGGUUCGUUAUAAACCCGCGAAAGGAUGACGAUGAAAUACUAUAUUUACCUUUUGCUUUUCUAUUUAAGGUACAGGCUUUAGAUCACAUGAUUGAAAAGCUGAAGGUUAUUUAUUUUGCGAAGUACGGAUUCUCUUUCCCUUUAUCAGGUGAAAUAAUUUAGCUGUCCACCGCAAGUAUGUAAAUAUUUCUGUUUCACUACUAUAACAUACCCAUAUUAAAGUACGCUUAAAGCAAAGCAUCAAUAAGUAAUAAAGAACUGAGAAAAGUAAUUUGCUGACGUUCGAGGAGUAAAACUUGACCUAACCGCCGUUAUUGCAAAAACUUCAUGGCUUUUUAUGCUUGAAUUAAACGGCAAAAUUUGCUGAGACAUGAUUUCUCAUGCGGUAGACUGUGAGUAGCCUCUCUCUUAUUGUGUAUCCCAAUUGAAUUUUUUGCUUCGUUCCAAAGAUUUUAGAGCAAAAGAGAGACUGUUCUCAGUCUAGUCUUCCGCACGUACGUAUGUUCAAAAUCUAAAAUGAUUCGAGCGUGAGGGUUGAACCAAACCUCCCUUCCGAUGAGGUUCCGCGUUCGGAGCUCCCCUAGCAUAGCUUACGAGUAGUCCCCAUUUUUCCUCAGGGAUAGCAAAGCGAGGAAACACGAGCGCGCGUGAAAAUCAGCCCAAGCGAGAAGGGCGUGAUAAGACAAACUUAAAGCAGGGGACACACAUACACCAACCAACGUCCUGGCCAGUACCUCACGCAUGCGCACAGCCAUAUCACCCGGGCAGUGGCAGCCAUGGACAGCUGUUUCGCCAUUAUUGGGGCUCAUCAGCAUGUCAUAGCCGUCGGGUCAAUGAACGUGGAAAAUCCCCAUGUAUCAAAGACCCUUUACUGCCGAGGCGAAUGGAAAGCACUCCUUUAAGCGACAGGCGAGAUCCCUUUCUCGCGUGGGGUGAUUUUCACGCGCGCUCGCGUUUCGCUCGCUCGACUAUCCCUGAGCAAAAAUGGGGACUAUUUGUAGUCUACCACUAAAAAGACAAAUUCGUUCCCAGGUCAUGGUUCUCUCCUACCAGUCCACAUUCACGUCCCCAGAGCCUCCUGUUCACUUAGCCGGCGAGGCGUGGUCCUCUUGCUCAGGCCUCGCCGGCCAUGGGAACAGGAGGCUCUGGGGACGAGUAUGACCCGUUCCUUGGAGCGAGAAACGAGUAACAAAGAACUCUGAAAAGAAGGAUGAGAAUGAUGACGACGAUGAUUAUGAUGAUGAUCAUAGUAAUAGUAGAAUGAGUGAUAUUUUUUAUCUGCCUUUUCAGAUGAAGAUAAAAUGAACGGUAUGUUUGCCGAGACUAGUAGAAAUCGGGAGAUGUGCAACCAGAUUAUCAGGAGAGUAUUCACGGAUUCCAGUCAAUCGAAUCAUAGCUUACCUGAUGGACCUCUUGUAAGCAGCGAGUGUUGACAAUUUCAUAAUUGACUCAAAUACGAGAUUUACAGUAGCAGCAAUCAUUUUGAUAGUAAUAGCACUAUAUACUAGGUAUGACCAAAAGAGAGAGAGGAAGAGGGAGUCCUAGUUAUUAGGGUGGUUAUUGGAAUGGCUGAUGGCGAUUAAGUGAAGAUACGGCAAUGGGAAAUUUCAAUUUAAACUACAGUUAAGGCAAUAAAAGCUAAUAUUUAGGAAAAUGAGGACUGAGAGAGUGGCUGACUUACAUUUCACGAGUGCACUAUCAUAAGGGAGGAGAAAUAAAAAAUCAUUUUAUACACUUCACACUUAUAUGGAUAAAGAGAGCUUGCCCAAUUACUCGACAGGGGCGGAUCUAAGGGUGCAUGCCCCCCCCUGAAUUUUUUCUAAUCUGGUAUUCUGUUGAAAACAAGAAACGAGUGCACCCCCCUAAAAAAAAUCCUGAAACAUACACAAUUUAUCACACAAAACUAUGAAACUACAAAGUAACUGAAGCUAGGUUAAUACGUUUACACUGCGCUGCAUGAAUUUUCCACUGGACUAAAAAAUUUGACAAAACAUCGCUUUCAUACAGAACCGCUCAAUAUUUUUGCUCUGUUUUCGCUCAAAAGGAACUGACGAAGCAGUUUUUCUCAGUGGUUUUACCAUCUGCUCAUGCGCAGAGCGCUAAUUUAGCAAAUCCAAAAUGGCGUCUCCUUCUCGAUUCGGCGCUCAAAUUGUUGAACAGCCAGGCGUCUAAACUUUCGAGCUGUCAGGGUGGUUCCGCGUGAACGGAACACAGAAACGAACGAGUUUUCCUCCCGUCGAACAAUUCUUCCGGUGCCUCACGGAUAAUUUCUUAGACCUUACUAGAAUUGAAUCGCCUUCGUUGCACACUAGCUUUUUAAUGACGUGCUGUCUUUUCUCCUUGCUUUAAAUAAAAAUGGAUUAAAUAUCUUGAAGUUUCUUCUAUGAGGCCCAUCAGUUAUCGCAUCAUCCUGUUUCAGGCAUGGAAGAGUGCAGGGAUUCACAUCGAAGAUCACUUGCUGACAUACCUUGGACCAGAACAUUGUAGCCGUUGCAGUAUCUCACGAAAAGAUUUCCAUGGGGCAAGAUAUAAGCUUCCGUUCUCAAACAAACUGCCAAAAUUUGAGGUAUAUAACAGCCAACACUCAAAUGAAUACAUACUAUUAAUAACUAACUGUGUAGUCUGUACAAGAAAAUAGUCAUUUGGUGGGUCCAUAAAUCAAGAAUCAUAUCUUCGAAGUAAUGCACGCUGAGGAAGUUGCGAAAAGAAUCGAAGCCAGUGAUAAAACAAAAAUAAUGAUAAAGGACAAAUAAGGGUCAAUGAGUGAAUGCGUUGCCAGAUAUCAAUGAUUUCUAAGAAAGUCAUGAAGUGGGUGACCUAAGCGUUCUUCGAACAUCAGCAGCCUCACGGCUAAGUUUCUAUGGUUAGAGUCCUCUUUUGUCAGCUUUGUAGCCCUCACCAUCUUUAUAAGGCGUUUUUUCGCAAUUGUUUGAACUGCUUUUAUAACUGCAGUGUUCAUUUUUAAAUUGUUUUCACAUACACAAAUCAUCAUAUAUUAUGAUCAAUUUCAGUCAUAUACGGCAAAAGUUUCAAGCGCAACCAGUUCUUUCUCUAUAGGCGCAUCUUUGUUUACACCUUUUGCCUCAUAAACAUAUGCUUACCACUAUCUGACAAAAUAAAACUCUGAAUAUUGAAAGGGCAUAACAGUUUCAGUUAUCUCUGAAAAUUUGAGCCCAAUAAACCGAGUGGUUCAGAGAAACUGUCUUCUAAAAACUCGAAAUUUUACAGAGAAUGUUUGGCUCGUUAAAUUUUUUGCCACCCAGCAAUUUCGCAGCUUUUUGAUGGCUGAUAUUUCCUUCAAUAUUGCUUGCAAAGAGCUGAAAAUGCACAAAUUGCUCAACUUAAUCAGCUCUUUUAACUUUUGUAUGUAGUUCAUAUUUACGGCCACGGCUUCUACUAGUUAAGUCGUAUGCUAAUGAGGAAAAAUGUAACAAUGACGUCAGCAAAGAUUCGCCUAUUGUACCCCUGGCAACUUAACCUUUCUGCUGAGCGGGCGCUCCGUUUAGUUUUAAUUCAUUACAAAUACUGGUUUACACAUCAAAACGGGGUUUCACCAGGGCAGUUUGAGCUUAGCUAGACUGACAUGCAAAUUGAAGGCUAUUAGUGGAAAUGGAGGCGAUUUUUCGCUCGAAUUAUGUAAGCGCGCGAUGUUUCAAAAUGUCUCCCCAGUGGCACUACAAAACGAUUUUUUGUUCAUUUUCAUUCAAUCAUAAGUGCUUUUGACUACCGUACAGUUUGUCGAAACGUCAGUCACUGUCAACAACAACAGUCCUAUUCAGGACUACGUUCACCCGGACGAUCAAACUCAACCUACUUUUGAAAUGACUCCUGGGUUCAAACCUUUCACACUACAAGCUGUGUUGUUAUACUUUUCCAGGUCAUUAUACAGGAAGAUGGAAUGAAAAGAGACAUAGUUAUUGGAGUAGUCCGGGCAAAACACGACGUGCAUUUUGCCGCAGGUGAAAUACGCCACACUGUCGGUUACCACGCAUGCAAUGGACAUAUUGUUUACUGUGACGGGUCUAAAAAACAGCUUCUGAUGAAGGAAGGUGAGUAUGAUCAUGAAUAGGGGAUCAUUCAAAACAUUUUGCUCACAAAGUUUUUCAUGCAUAGAACUAAAAUUGUUAUAUGAAUUAUUCGGUAGCUCCGGUACAGACUGUUUUGUUUAAGUGUGGACAAAUAAGCGCAAAAACAAAAACAACAACAACAACAAACAAUAAAAAAAGAACAACAACAAACAAAAAAACUCUCAUUUUUCCCAGACAUUUUUUGAACUUACCUAUGACGUUCAAUUUCGUAUCAGACUGUUCCUGUAACAGACUGUUCCUUAAAUUUGCCAAACUGUGUGUUAGGAAUGUAUUAUGAAGAACUCAAGUUACUGAAACGAAGAGGUUGUGGCUCAAAGACCUCUGAAAAAGAAUGGUAAAGAUGGACAAUACAUAAGAAUAUGACAAUUUAUUUUAUUUACCCAGUUAUUCCUUGUUUUCCCCUGUGAGAAAAAGAUUUUCCAAGUUUGGUUAUGCUCAUGAAUGUCAAUUCUAUUGCCUUUGUCAUGGCUUCCAUAAUAUAUACCUCCAACCGUGGAAGAAAAUUACCUUAAAUCCUGUAUUGAAAAUACCCCCUCCCCCUUUUUAGGGGAAGAAAGUUAAUAACCCCCAUCUCUUUUAAGCUCCCCAUCUCCCCUCCCCUAAUUUUUCUUCACUAAUAAAUGAUAGACUGUAUUUAUCAAUCACGACUGUAAAACUUCGUGUGGACUGAUCCGGGAUGGUUUAUUUGCCAACUGGAAGUUCGGAUUUGAUUCUGAUCCUCGGCUCUAGACCUUCUUAAUCUUGAGCUUCUCCACUUUGUAUUCUAGUUCUUUUUGAAGAACUGAUACCAUCGUCUUUUCUAAAUGAAAAAAGCCCCUGCAGGGGGGGCUUAAUAGAGGAUUUACGGUAGGCUAAAAUUUGAGGACAUCAGUCAGGAACAAGAGUAUCUUUGGAGAGACCUGAUAACAUGUAUUUGACCCUUUUUAUUUCAUUGGCUUGUUCUGGUUAUAAUCUGUUGCUAUGAGCGUUACUAAAAUGCUCACUCCUCCUCUGUCUGCCAAAGCAGGAGCCCCAGUGGAAGAAAUUUUUUACCCCAAGCUAUGCAACCUUUUCAUGAUAAGUUAACGCUCCAACAAAUUGGAUUAUGUGUGAUAUCACUGAGGCGAGAGCUUGAUCCAUUCUCUGUUUGCACCUCUCCCUUAACACACCUUGUUUGCCCCCCAAGAGUUUGCAUAAUCCUUGUUUUUAAUUUCUCCUGGAUAUUACAGUUGCCCCAGGGGAAAUUAAAUUAAUUACUAUGCAAAAUUUUAAGGAGGAAAUAAGGUGUAUUAUGGGAGAUGUGCAAAUAGCGAAUAGAAUUUUUUUGUAAUGCGACAUACACUGUUAUCUUUAGGUCCAGUAGUGUAUCGAGGUGAUUUGAUUGGAUGCUGGGCCGACUUUGAUGAAGCAAGCUACGAUCAAAUUCCUAUUCACUUCACUCUUAAUGGUCACAAGGUGGCUCAAGUUUCAAUAUCUAUGGGAACCGACAAAUCGGACCUUUUCCCUUUCGUGGGAAUGAAGCAUAACGGGAUCAGAGUGUUAGCAAAGGUUAGUGUCCUUUAGGAUCGAUUUCUCCUUUUCAAAGAUCAGCGGUCAUAUAUCGUUGUCCUUUAGGAUCGAUCUCUCCUUUUCAAAGGUCAACAGUCGUGUGCCGUGUGCAGUUUACGGGCGCAAUUCAUAAUAUAACACCGCAAUGCUCAUUUGUUAUGUUUAAGCCAGUUUUUAAAUUCAUUAUCGUUUAGUUCACUUUAUGUAAUAAUCAUCAAAAUUCCAUUCAGCUUGCAGAGCGCUCCCCUUUCAACCCGGUUCUGCGAAGAUCUUAAGAUCACGGACAUUCUGAAUGGAAUGUAUAAACAUAAUCCCAGAUAAGUAAGAGUCCGUUUCCGGGUCAUCUUUCCCCUUGAGAUGACUCAAAAAGGGCGUACAUUAUCAGGUCGUGUUUGCAUAUAUGAAAGAAUGCUGGCGACAAAUAAGUGUUAUAGGUUAAAGUGCCUUCGGCUUCGUUUUCAGUCCCUUUGGCAAGCGCUCCAACACCGGUACCGUCUUCAUUAAUUAUUAUUUUGAAUUAUGGGGAACAAGAAUUAAUAAAACUGUUUUCUUUGUUCAUUUUUAUCAAGAUGUGUCCUGCAAACGAAAAACGGUCCCAAGACAAACGCGAGAGUUUAGAAAACGGUCAUGAGGUUCUCUCUUCGAUGUUCAGCGAGAUGCAGCAGGCCAAGGUUUUGUACAAUACCUUAGAGUCAGUUGGAGAGGUGAAAGAAUCCAGUGAUGUCAUAUUGCAACACUUGAAGGAAAGCUCUGAGAAAAUAUCAGAUGGUAUGAGGACACACGAGGAAAACAUGAAAAAAAUUGAAAGCGCUGUAGAAGCGCAAAACCAGAGAAUAGAAGAGUUACACAAGGCUUUAAAUCAGAUAUUGAACAUCGUGAAGGAAAAAGCGGAGAAAGAACCUUGA